UCGCUGCGUCAUUCCCUCGCGCUCCGCCGAGAGGCUCGAAGUUCUUGCUGGGGAGGCGCUGCGUAGAAAAAAGGAGGAAGCCGUUGGUGCGGGAACAGGUUCUUGAUAAUCUCUGCGUCUGCCUUUAGCGGCGAGGGAGGGACAUCUCGUCUCGGAUGAAGAUGAACAUAGUACUCCCCAAGAAUACCACAUGCCAACUGCUUUGUAGACCUGUUCUGUUUUCUGGAUAUCUCUCCUCGUUUCCCGAUUUUUUGAACUCGGAAUUUCGCUGUCUCCGUGCAAAGUGUCUGUCGCUUGCCGUUCUCAGUGCCUCUCACAGUUCCGUCACUUGCCGUCUGCGUCAGGCGACCCCCUUUUGUUUUUUUGACCUCCGGUCUGGUUCGUCUUUCUCUCGUCUCUUCCCGUCCUCCCUUUCCUCCACCCUUUGGUAAAUCCUCGAUUUGUUCGCCCUCUGCACUUCACCUCGAUUUCGCCGAAGGCCUCCCGUUUCUCCGUCUUUCUUCUCUCGAGUCGAUCCGAGGACGUCGAUGUUUCUUCUGUAAAGGACUUCCUCUCUUUUCUCCGUGUUAAACGGCCGUCGGAGAGCGGCAGGACUGCUUCUUCUCUCGCCGUUUGAGCGAGCUCUGUUCCUUCGCGUCCUCGAGACUCGGACGCUCUCUUCCGCAGGGCAAGAGGCGGCACCGUCUCACGUUCGAGUUGUCUCCUCGCUCUAACCUUCUCCUCCCCUUGCUGUCUGCCUGGCCGCCUUUUCUGUUUCUCUUCUGCAACUUCGCAAAGAUGCGGCUGACGGUCGAGUUGAUUCUGCAGUCUCACCAGUACGUCAACCCCGCGCGCGACUGGACUUUAUCUCUUCGAGGCUGCAAAAUCCCCGCGAUUGAAAACUUGGGCGUGACGCAGGAUCACUUCGAAUGCAUCGACUUCACAGACAACGAACUUCUGAAACUCGAAAACUUCCCCCCGCUUCCGCGCCUCAAAAGUCUGAUUUUGUGCAACAAUCGAAUCUCUCGCAUCGACCCCGAGGCAAUUGCGAGUCUCCCCGGACUCACCUCUCUCAUCCUCACAAACAACAAACUGGACGUUCUCUCGGAUCUUCUUCCUCUUUUCCAAGCCAAGAAUCUGGAGCGCCUGUCCCUCAUCGACAACGGUGUUCGCGAACGCGCGUACUACCGACUGUUUGUGAUUUUCCAUCUCCCGAAACUGCGCUUUCUCGACUACAGCCGCGUCACGCAGCAAGAGAGAGAACAGGCACACAGCACGUUCAAGGGCGAGAAGGGAGCGAAACUUGCACACGAAAUCGCUCCGCCGCGCAAGUCUCACGCAGCGUUGGGUGUGAGCUCGGUGGGCGCUGCUGAAGAGAAGAAGAAGACAGACCAGUCGGCAGAUCAGAUCGAGCGAAUCAAGCUGGCGAUUGCCAAGGCGACGACGAUGGAGGAAAUCACUCGCUUAGAAAGUGCACUGAAGGCAGGCUACAUUCCGGACGAGCUUCUUAAUCCCGAGAAGCAGAACGGCGACGAGAAAGCGACAGAUGUGGAGAUGAAAUAACUUCCCAAGAGCGCAAAAAGGCUCGCGCGACGAGGAAGUGGAGUGUGAAUUGGAGCACGCCCGAAAAAAGAGAUGCGGUGGCCAGAGAGAAGACGAGAGCGGAGGGAGAGCGGACAUGAAAGGGAGCGAGACGAGAGAGGAGAUGAAAAAAGAGGGAGAAUACGAGAGCGAAGAGAUAAGGGAUAGUGCAGAGCGUCUCUGAAGAUUCCGAGAGAUGGUGGAGCGAGAGAGGCAGGGAGAGAGGAGAGGGGAUACGAAGGUUAGGAUACGCAGAGAGACGAGCGUUGAAAGAAAAGAUAGAAGGCUCAUCGGUGUCGAGGCAAAGAGAAAUGGACAUGAGGGAAAUGAGAGCGAGGGCCUGUGGGGACAUACUAUUCUGUUUCAGAUGCGUGUCUGUGAUUCCCGCAAAAAACGGAGAACAGUUGUCUCUGUUUCCCCAUCAAAUCUUUUCCAGAUAC